AGUGCAUUUUGCUUGUGUUUUGCGCAUUUUUUGCAUUCGCAUUCUUUUAUUAAUUUCAAUUUAAUUUCUCAGCCAGGGAUUUAUUUCGCGGGCGUUUAAGAAAAUGUUAAAAAACCAACUGCACUUUCGUCUAACAAAAUCUUGCUUAGACCCACAAAUAAAUUGAAAUUUUUCAAUGCAUACCCAGACAGUAUCUAUAACAUAAACAACAACAAUAGGACUACCCUUAAGACAUCCGUCAUCACGCCAUAAACUCAAGGUUAAUUAAGACUCCACAUGUUGCAACUGUAACUGACACUAAAGUAAACAAGAUGCAGAUACUAUAAGUGCUUCAAUUUUGUAAAUAUUGUCGAGCUUACGCGGUUGUCUUUUACUCGGCAUGCUGUGCUUCGACUCAGAAAAGAUGAACUGGUAUUAUCAUGUACUGGCACGUCGACCAUAUCUGGUGGUUGUCUCAAUCGCCGUUUAUUGCGUGGCCUGCAUUAUAGUGGCAUUCAUACUAAAUGACCUGCCAGAUUUUAGUGACCCAACCUUGGGCUUUGAGACGCGAGGCACUGAAAUUGGAAAACGACUAACUGCUUGGCAUAAUCUGAAUCAAGAGAUUGACGGCAAUGGUAUUUUAUUCUCAAAUCCUACGGAUCUCCUGCAAAAGAUUCAAUAUGAAAAGACAAGAGGUGUGCCAAGGCAUCAGCAUCCAAAUCACAGGCGGCAUAAAAAUCAACGCCGAAAAGAUAAAAAUAAGCGUCGUAAAGAACAGCAGAAAAAGAACGAACACGACGAUGUAACAUACAAAAUGAUGCUCAUCAACAAGCGCCUAAAAGCAACCAAAAGUCCGGAAGACGAUAAAUGGAUGGGUGAUAGUGGAGUGUUUCGGGAUUUCGAGGUGACUAACGAUAGCAGCCCCUCUUUGCUGGAGCCAACUAGACAGAGCGAGCCAAUUGAAUAUGGGCACAAUACUACUUUCGUUGAUGAGGAUGAACAUCGUGAGCGCAUCCAAACCAAGAAGAGUACAUGGCGUAUGCUAAAGCAGGCCUCAUUACCCAACGACGGUUGGUCUAACUCAAGAGCUCCCCAGCCCAUUGAGGGCUUCUUUUGUGAUUCCUCACCGCACAAAGCAUACUCACACUUUGUAGUGAAACGUAUUGGUCCGAAUGCUACAGACUCAUUAUUUGAUAUAAACGGGAUGUUAGCUAUGUGCCAGCUGCAAGAACAAAUUGGUGCUGUGCAAAGUUAUCAGGCAUUCUGUGAACCUGAAAUGCUAACAAACAAUUGCUGCCGGCCUUGGUCACUGCCCAAUUACGCCACACUGCUGGCCAAUAAGAGUUCGUGUUUUGAUCUGACCGCAGAGGAUAUUUCACUACUGCAAUCCCUGCUGCUCAGUUGCUAUGAGUAUUAUCAUUUACUUAAACUAGGCAUUAAUUGUAACGAAUUGAAUCGGUGCUAUGCGCCGGAGGAAUGCACGCGCAAUAAUUUGGUAUUUAAUGUGCUCAACUUUCUCAGCGAUUAUAGCUUCAUUAAGCCAAAUGAAACAACUGUUUAUUUAAAAUACGCAAUGAUUUUUGUGCCUGUUACACGCUCCAAUCGUAUCCUUCCGCUCUUCCAUGAAUGGCAACACGUAUCUCUAAGCAAUGAAUUGGUGGAAGUUGUUGCUAUGGAUUUGGGUUUGGAAAAUGAGCUAUUCAGCGAGUUGUUGUUUACAGACGUUUGGCUUGUAUCUCUGGGUGGACUCUUCGUUAUGGCCUGUGUUUGGUUAUAUACAGGGUCGGCCUUUAUAACAUUGAUGUCAUGUUUUGCCAUUUGUUUCUCGUUGGGAUUGGCAUACUUUGCCUACACAGUGGUUUUUGAGUUUACCUUCUUUCCAUACAUGAAUCUGCUAGCCGUUGUGGUUAUCAUUGGCAUUGGUGCUGAUGAUGUGUUCUUGUUCCUCAAAAUCUGGCAAUGUGUGUUGGCCGAGCGUUUCAGCAAGUGCAGUACAUUAAACACACAAUCAACAUUACCCACGCCUUUAGAGCACAAUGAGCAUACGGAGACAUUGGAGAAUCUAAUGGCGCUGACCAUGCGACAUGCGGCAGCGUCUAUGUUUGUAACCUCUGUAACCACUGCUGGAGCGUUUUAUGCUUCCUACAGUAGCUCCAUAACGGCAAUUAAAUGCUUUGGAAUAUUUGCGGGCACUGUUGUAGUUACCAACUAUUUGCUUAUGAUAACCUGGCUGCCAGCAUCGGUUUCGAUUAUGGAACGCCUGUUUGCUAGCCGUAUGUGCUGCCAGCAACAUUUGUCACAAAAAUUGCUCAACGCCUGUAAGAAGUCAAUUAAUCGAUUUUGCGAAUUGUUUGAAGAGCGCAUUACUCAGAGCAUUAUGAACUACGCAUAUGUAUGGAUUUUUAUCUUUACCGUGCUGGGGGCUUCAAGUGCCAUCAUUGUGUUCUGGUAUCCGGGCCUGCAGCUACCACAAAAACCCAAUUUCCAGUUAUUUGUUUCACACCAUCCAUUUGAGGUUUAUGCAAAGCUGAAGCAUCUGUUUUGGUUUGAGAAGCCUCUACAAGGAGUGGAAAACUUCAACAUGAGCAUGCGCUUCGUUUGGGGCGUGCAAGCGCUGGACGAUGGCGACUAUACGAACCCAAAUUCAUACGGCAACUUACACUAUGACAAUAAUUUUAAUAUAUCUAGCAAACCGGCACAGAUUUGGCUGAGAAACUUUUGCAUAAACAUUCGUCAGCAGCCAUUUUAUCAGGCCACCUUUGGUUUUUUGCUGCCGAAUUGCUUUAUUGAAAACUUCAUAAGAUACAUGGAGCGUAGAUGCAUUGAUGACAUGGAUACAAUGGGAUUGGAUCGAACACCCUGCUGCAACGCACAGUUUCCCUAUGAGCCGCACAUAUUUGAGCAGUGUUUGCCCCAAUGCAUUUCCAAUCUAUGCGAAACCAGAUUUUACCAGCACGGAAAAGCUGGUCCUAAAUUUGCUGCUGCGCCCAGUCGAUCAGAUGAGUACAUUGAGAGCAACAGUAACGAGAGUUUAAGCAUCGAGACUACAUCUGCCCAACUGCUCGUCAAGGCGAUAAUCAUUGAGUUCGAUUCGAACACGGGAUACAGCACCCUCUAUUCGAACAUCAAGUUGUUUUAUGAGACAGUCGAAAAUUGGUUUCAGCAGCAGCUCAGCACGGCUCCCACAGAAUUACGUGGCGGCUGGUUUAUUAGUGAUCUUAAAUUUUACAAUGUGCAAGACACUCUUUCGCAUGACACGAUCACUUCUAUUAUACUGGCCAUGGGCGCUUCUCUUGUGGUCCUGCUAUGUUUCACACUCAAUAUAAUCAUUUCCAUUUACGCUGUCGUAACUGUCUCGCUGACCAUUUUCAAUACUGUGGCUGUACUUAUUUUACUUGGCUGGCAGCUUAACAUACUGGAAAGCAUUGCCGUAUCGACUGCAAUUGGAUUGGCUGUGGAUUUUAGUCUACAUUACGGGAUACACUAUCGUCUCUCGCCCUCUAAGGAGCGCAAUGCAGCCACACAGUUUGUGUUGUCGCGCAUCAUCGGGCCAACGGUGAUGGCAGCGGCUACUACUGGUUUUGCCGGUGGCAUUAUGAUGGCAUCGAAUAUAUUACCCUACAUACAAAUUGGUGUAUUUUUGGUUGUAGUCAUGGUCACCAGUUGGUUCUAUGCCACCUUCUUUUUGAUGAGUCUGCUCAAGGUAGCAGGACCGCAGUACGGUUUCAUGCAGCUGGGUUGGCCUUCAUUACGCAAGCGUCGCACAGCAAAAGCUAACAAAUUUUAUGAACGUAAACCCAGUCGAAUAAUUGCUACUGAACAACUGCUAACACCCACCAGCUCAGCCAUUGUUGAAAUGGCCAAUUCGGAAACACAUGAACUGGAAUCCUUAAAUUCCAGCAAUCAGAUUAAAACAAUUUCAGGCACAGAAAGUGGGCAUGCGCCGCUUUCGGUGCCUGUGGACUUCGAACACUCAUUUCAAACGCCGCACUAGUGCAAAGUAUCAGAAGGAAUCAUUAAUUUUCAAGAUAUUUUUCUUGAUGCCUUCGCCAAGUAG